AUGGACGAUCAAGCGUGUCCACGAUGCAAGACCACCAAAUAUCGAAAUCCAUCAUUAAAAAUGAUGGUGAACGUUUGUGGCCAUGCGUUAUGCGAGAGCUGUGUAGACUUGCUCUUUCUGAAAGGUUCUGGGUCUUGUCCAGAAUGCAAAAUUCCAUUAAGAAGAACAAACUUUCGAGUUCAAAUGUUUGAAGAUUCUAUGGUUGAAAAAGAAGUGAAUAUAAGGAAACGUAUUCUUCGAGAUUUUAAUAAAAAGGAAGAAGACUUUUCUACAUUAAGGGAAUAUAAUGAUUAUUUAGAAGAAAUUGAGACUAUAAUAUAUAACUUGGCAAAUAACAUUGAUGUAAUGGAAACCAACAAAAAAAUAGAACAAUAUAAAAAAGACAACAAAGAACAAAUAGCAAAAAGUAAGUCAAAACUUGGUAAAAGUGAAUAUGAAUUAGAAGAAAUAAUAGAAUUAGAAAAGCAGAAGGAAGAAGAAAGAAGGAUAGAACUUGCAAAAGAAGAGGUCGAGAUAAAAAGAAGAAAGAUUCGUGAGAAAGAAGCUCUGAUUGAUGAGCUAACUUUCUCCGAUGCAAAUGCCAAAAAUAUUGUUGAAUCUUUUGCUUCUGCGGUACAGACACAGAAAAAGGAAGCAAAAGCUACCUUACCUUCCACCGUUAAGGUAACCCAGUUCAGUACAGGAAUUAAAUUCGGUAAUCAGGGAAAUCAAAACUAUCUAUCAGUGCCAAAGAUAGAGGAGGGGCCUCUCUAUUCUUACACGCCCAUUUGGCAAGAAAUAGAAGGCCCAUCACCUCCUAACUGGCGAGAGCUUCAAGCUCGUGGAUAUGUUUCACAUAUACGUAACGAAUGUCAAGUUGAAAGAGCGGGUGGAUUUAGGGCGCAUAUCGCGUGUCUACGAGCGUUGCAGGAAGCUAUGGCUGGCUUAUAUCACAAUCCAUCGCAACGACAAGUGGAAUUCGCGACUGUAUGACCGCACAAGACAUUUUUCAAGAAUGAAUGUGAUAUAUCUUUAUUUGUCUUAACCUUCUAAUAACAUUAAAUACUAAUUUAAUCACAAAGAAUUGCCAAAUUAAGAAUUAUUACUUUUGUUUGCCACAAGAACUAUGUAUCAAUUCAGAAAUUGGUAUCGAGUAACAGUGCCUUAAGUAUAAAUCAGUUCAUAUAUAUUACAUUGCAGA